AUAUUUAAAACGCAGUAAAAUGGGCAAUCCAAAUUUUUACGCAUUUUUCACCUUCAGCCAUUUCCCAUUUGGCGCAUACAAAUUGUACAUUUUUUGAUAGUAAUUAUAUGCCUUUUUAUCAAAAUGUAAAGUAUCCAAGUUGCACACCUGAAUGUUUGAAGAGUGUAUGCGUAUGUGAAUGUGGCAUAUUCCGCGCAUCCGCCCGUAUAUUUCUUAUUGGCACAUCCGUAUGCAUAUUUAUAAUUCGCACAUCCGUAUGUAUGUUUUUUAAUUCACCCAUUUGUGCAAACUUCCGUGUUAUUAUUUUUGCCGGAGGUAACUUUAUGCGUUCCCCACAAGGCACGCAUGAACGGCUAAAUUAACAAAGCGCAUCGCGCGGGGGAACUUGAAGUUCAUUUUAUUUUAUAUGUAUAGCUGCACUUUAGCCACUCCUUCUACUCCCCCUAUGUGUGCGCAAUUUAAUUUUUAAAAAAGGAGAAAAAAUUUACCCCUAGUUAUAAUAAUUAAACAAAGUAACGCCAAAAAAGUGUACCUCAAAACUGAACGAAUGAAGCAUCUUCUUUUUGAGAAACACCCCAUAUGCGAGCUUUUCCUGCGAAGAUUAACCCCCCCUUGAUGUGCCCACGUACUUAGAAAGGUAAAAAUGUUUAACGUGUUUUCGGCAGCCUUUUUAGACAAUAACUCCAACAAUUUUAACAACGGUAAUAAGCCCAUUAACAGCAAUAUAAAUAAAGGUAACAACUUAGCGAGGUCUAUUUCGACCAACGUAAAUAACGAAAAUGAUAGAAGCAAAAAUUUGCCAUUAAAAGAUAGACUGGCCACAGUGAGAAAUGCCCAAAACAUUUUGAACAAAAAGAAUUUAAAUAAGCCGGAUGAAACGAACAACAGCGGAAACAGUAAGGGGGGUGAAAAUGCCAGUGGCAGCGCAGUCAACAACGGCGGAAAUGCGAACCAUGGGGAGAAAAGCGCCGCCAGCAGUAGCAACGCCCAUUUAAGCGAAAAUGCAGCAAAUGCAGCGAAUGCGGCGAAUGACGGGAGUAAAGCAGCCCCGUCCGCUGUGGAGAACCAUUUAAGCAAAUUUAAAAACUAUUCCAGUGUCGUAAAUGAAAAACAAAAUGAAGAAGUGGAGAAAAAAUUAAAAAAAAGAAAACGAAGGAGGAAACAUGUCAUAUUAAUGGAAAGAAUGAAGCAGAAAGAGAAGGACAAAAAAAGACUCAAAGAAAUGGGCAGUCACGAAAACAAUGAUGAAGAUGACGAAGAAGAAGGAGAGGAAGACGAACAUGAAGAGCGAACCACGCAGAAAGUGGCAGGAAGACGUGGCAGGCCAUCUAAGCGCUCGCAAAAUAAAUUGCAGCAAAAAGUACAUCAAGAGGAGGAAGACGAAGAGGGGGAAGAUAACGACGAGGGGGAUGAAGAUGACGAGAAAGAGGGAAAACAUAACCGUAGAAGUAAAGGCGCGGAUGCGAAAUAUUCCAAAAAGUUUUCCAACUCAGGAGACAGCAGAGGAGGAAAAACUUACAUGGAUAACACCCCCACGUUCCGGAGAAAUACCAAUGAUAAUAACGAAGGGGGAAUGAAACCGAAAAGGAAGAGGCGGAAGAAAAAAGAAAUGGAGGAAUACCGAGCGCGUUUAUUAAAAGAGAAAAUGCAGCAACAAAAUUCGUUGAGCAGCGUCUUAACCAAGACCAACAGUUUUAACAAUCAUAACAACGCCAAUAAUAGUAACGCUAAUAAUAGCAGCCACAAUAAUAGUAACAAUAAUAGUAAUAAUAAUGAAAACAACGCACAAGGAGAAGUUAAGGUGAAGAGGAGAAGGGGAAGACCCAAAUUGAGCGAAGUUGCAGCCAUGAACAAUGCCAAUGAUAAGUCGAAACAAAAUGACAUAAGAAAAUAUUAUAGCAAAAAUAGCGACCAUCAAAGUAUGAACAGGGGUGAUGGCGGCGCAGAAAAUGAAGAAGAAAAUAAAAAUGUUCUUAAAUUAAUUAAUACCUCUAUACAGGAAAAUAAUUCAUUCAUGAAAAAAUCACCAACCGAAAUUAUAGAGCUUGAAAAGAUUUACAAAAAUAAUAUUAAAAAAGGCGUUACCUGUAUCCCUUUAAAUUACCAAAGCAGAGGAGGAGGAAUGGCACUUAUAUUAAUAGGCACACAAACGACCUAUGGCCCAGUAAAAAAUACCUACGGAUUUAUGACCUUUCUCAUUUUAGAUUGUGAUUCAAAUAAUUUUUUCAUCGACACAGGCAUGAAAAGUAACGCUAUAGAAUGCGAAAAGCACAUGCAGUUGUUAAUUAGCCCCGGUGAUAUGUACAUGUUUAAAAACCAGAGUCAGGAGGUGGAGGUGCGGCUCUUGCUAAUUGUGUGCAACAGAAUGAACGAGCCGUUUGACGCGAAGCUGCAUAUAAAGGACCCAGAAAUUAACGUCCACAAGUAGGUGCAGGAAAAACGCUGCCACGGAUAGCGGUUAUGUGCCGCGCAUGGAUGGAUGUAGGGGGCAUGAGUGCACCCAUGCGUGCUUGCAAAACCCCGACGGCGCUUAAAAGGGAGCGCGGCCUGCGAACAAGGGGGAAACGGUGCUAGCAUUUAAAACGUGCACUUGUGAUCCACACGGGGAUUGGCACAAGUGCGGAAAAACACGUAUGUGGAAAAAUGCACACGUCGGUGGUUGCGGAGGAAGGGUUUCAGGAUAUCCCCGAGCGGCCCAACUUGGGGUGGCAUCUGCAAGGGGCAAAAAAUGGCUAGCCUGCAAAUGCCGCGUUGUUUUGAACCCCUCGGUGUAAAAUCGAAUGUUUGUUGAUGGUACGUGUAUACAUAUGCGUACACACAUGUGUAUAUUUUUUCUCAUCAUUUUUUUGUUGCCCCAUUUGAACAGCAUUUCGCGCCGCAAGUAACUACCCAUUCGUAUAUCUACCCAUUUGCCCCCCCAUUUGCCCACUCCUUUACGCGUUUAUUUUUGCGCAGCAUGUAAGAGUAAUGAGUAAGCGUAAUGAGCAAUCAUUCCUCACCCCCAACAUUGUAACAAAGCCUUCGUUAUGGUAUUCAUUUUUUUAAGUUG